AAUAACGAUGACGUCAUUCUCGUUUACUCGUUCGACUUUACGAACGUACCCAAGAAGGUAAACUAACUCUCGUGAACUUCGUUAGAGUUUCGUUCGAAACGUCAUCACCGCAGAGCAUGCGUACUGGGCGAGACUACUACUAUGCGAACGAUUCGUUACUAACACGUUUAACUCCUUCGACUUUACAAACGUACCCAAUAAAAAAAACAAAACAAAAAAAAACAAUUACAUUAAUUUAAUAUCUUUAACUUUCUAUUUCAGAAAUUCUUUAUAUUUAUUUUUAUUUUAGUAACUUACUCACUCUUAACCUUUCAUUAUAUAUUUAAUAUAAAAAUAAAAUGCUGCGUUAUCGAAAUUGUCAGACAAAAGAGGGAGCUGUUUUAUCAUUAGUGACUUUCCGUCUGCCGGUUUGAGUGCUAACAGUCCAUAAACCGAAUCAUUUUUUUGUAAGUUAAAAAAUGCCAAAUAUAAAAGUAUUCGGAGGAUCGUCUCAUCCAGAUCUUGCCCAAAGAAUUGUCGAUCGUCUCGGUAUAACAUUAGGAAAAGUUGUCCUUAAAAAAUUCAGCAAUCAGGAAACGUGUGUUGAAAUAGGAGAGUCAGUUAGAGGAGAAGAUGUUUAUAUAGUUCAAACUGGUUGUGCUGAAGUUAACGAUCAUCUAAUGGAAUUGCUUAUUAUGAUAAAUGCAUGCAAAAUAGCGUCGGCUUCUCGUGUUACUGCCGUUAUCCCCUGUUAUCCUUAUGCUCGUCAAGAUAAAAAGGAUAAGAGUCGAGCUCCCAUUUCUGCUAAGCUAGUUGCCAAUAUGCUUUCUGUUGCCGGUGCAGAUCAUAUUAUAACAAUGGAUUUACAUGCUUCACAGAUACAAGUAAGUUACUUAAUUUAUACUAAUGGAAACAAUUAAAAAUUAAUAAUGUAA